AUGAGUUUCGAACAACACCCUCCUCCACGGCCACCGGUCAGUCAUCAGCCGACGAGCCAGUAUUACGAUCAGAAUCUCCAUCCCUCCGCGGCGCAAUAUCGCCCACCAACCUCACAACCGCAACCCAUCCCAGGACAAUCCCAAUCUCAACCAAUCCCAUAUUCCACCAGCCUUCACGGCAGCAGCCCAUACGGCGUGAGUCCAAGUCAAGGGAACAGUUUCCAAACCGGAACGUCGCCAGGUCCCUCACCAGCUUUCGCGCCGCAGGAUCCACUCCAGCGUGCGCGGGUCGGCUCGCACUCCUCCUCCCAUCGACCCGGAUCCGGCUUCUCGCGCCAUUCUCACCAACACUCUUACCACUCCCACAGUCCGGGACAUUCACAUCACUCGAGACCGUCGUAUAGUGACGAGAGGCGAUCGAGCCAUCGCCAUCAUGAGCAUCAUCAUAAUCAUGAGAGUAGUAAGAAGAACGCGAAUGAGCGGCCGACGCUGGGGGACACGAUCUUAAUGAUGUGGGACACAUUAACGGGGUCGAAAAGGAGGAGGGAGUGA